AUGAACCCAGGCCCGGCUCCGCGACCGCCCACCGACAGGCCGAAGGUGUCUCUGACACCGCAGGUCUACCCUUCUGCCAACGGCUCCGGCAACUUGUCCAGCUUUCCAGGCGCUACGCCUAUCGGCUCAUCAUCUUCCACAUCACUCGGUCGCAUUGACUCCAACUUGAAUGGGGACAUGACGGUCGUCAAAGAUGGGACUGCCAAAGUGAAGGAGGAGGGUGGUGGUUUUCUUAUGAAGGCGUUCUGGCUCGAGCGAUUUUUGGUGCUUCGCGAGAAACAAUUAGAUUUCCUGAAGAACAACCAAACCAACAAGACCAUGCAGACCAUCCCACUUCGGGAGAUUACGCAUAUCACACGAUCGGACAAUUACCCGUUCAGUCUGGAAGUCACACGCGAGGAUAACAAAAUGUGGAUCCUCAAAUUCGAGACCGACGCCGAGGUGUACAGCUGGAUGGAGAGCAUUAACGAUCGCUGCCCAAGCAUGGGCGGUGUUUCUCGUCCUACUGGCUUUUCGCACCGCGUCCAUGUUGGCUUCGACCCUGUCACAGGCGGCUUCAUCGGUCUACCAGUCGAAUGGGAGCGUUUGCUCAAGGGCUCCGCUCUGACACAAGACGAUGUCAAGAAGAACCCCCAGGCCGUGAUGGAGGUCCUCCAGUUUUACUCGGAGAAGCUCGCUGUCCGUGCCGAGGACCCCAAGAUGUAUUCAUCCUUGACUCCUACACCAUCGCUCGAUGCCAACAAGGACAAGCAACUCGGCUACAGUGCAGGUAACGGUGUCGCACCACCGCGUCCGCAACCGCCAAAUUCUGCGUAUUCCAGCAGUUCACGAAGUCCGGCUGGCACUCCGGGAAGUGGCUACUCAAGCUCCCGCGAGCAGUCCAACGAUCGAUAUGGAGCUCCCAAAUCCAACGCGCCACCGAUCACCUCGCUCGACCCGCGCCUUGACGACGAGCGCCGAAAACAGCAAGAAGAGCAGAAGAGACGGCUCGAGGCUGAGCGUCGGCGCAUCGAAGAAGAACAGGAGCGCAAGCGUCGUCAGGAGCAGGAAGACCGUGAGUACAACGAAUCGAUUCCCAAAACCAAGACGCCCCUGGCUAAGCAAGAACUGGGUGGCUAUGGUGCUUCAGAAUCAUCUCCAUCUGCCAGAUACAACCCAACCCGACCCGCACCGCCCGCGCCCGGUAAAGCUGCGCAACCUUCAGGCUCGCUACCUCUUAGAAACCUCCAGGCACAGCGUACUGCUCCGAGCGCUCCUACUCAGCAGAAUGGUAUGUACACAUUGUUAGAAAAGUCAGAAAAUACAAACUCACAGAUGGUAGGCAAACCAGCUGUAUCAGCGGUCAGGAAGGACGAGCCUGCGUCAGUCAGCAGCAAAGCUCCUGCUGGAUCGUCCGGUCAAGUCAAGCCGCUCAAUGUCACAGCAAAGGCGCCUGCGACUCAGGUUAAGGACCCGAUCAAGCAGGCCGAAUUGGCCCUUACCAAGAAGGAUCCCAAUGAAAAGUCGAACAAGGAGGUCCGCAUGAGCGCUAUGAGCGAUGCGCAAGUCAUGGAGCGACUACGAUCAGUUGUCAGUCUUUCAAACCCUCUGGAGAGCUACAACAAGCAGAAGAAGAUUGGUCAGGGCGCGUCAGGUUCAGUCUAUGUGGCACGGAUCCGCGAGAAUGCACCUUCGCCAAUCGCCAAGGACUUGAUCAAGACAUACGGUCCACGCGCUCAGGUCGCCAUCAAGCAGAUGGACCUUCGAUCACAGCCGCGUAAGGAAUUGAUCGUCAACGAGAUCAUCGUCAUGAAAGAAUCCCGCCACGACAACAUCGUCAACUUCCUCGAUGCUUUCCUCCAGGAGGAUACCUUUGAGUUGUGGGUUGUCAUGGAGUUCAUGGAGGGUGGUGCCUUGACCGAUGUCAUCGAUAACAACUCCUCCAUCAGCGAAGAGCAGAUUGCACGGAUUUGCUUGGAGACAUGCAAAGGUCUCAUUCACCUCCACAAUCAGAACAUUAUCCACCGUGAUAUCAAAUCCGACAACGUGCUGCUCUCCUCUCGAGGCGCAGUCAAGAUUACCGAUUUCGGUUUCUGCGCCAAGCUUACCGAGCAGCGCUCAAAGCGUGCGACCAUGGUUGGUACACCAUACUGGAUGGCGCCCGAAGUUGUCAAACAAAAGGAAUACGGUAGCAAGGUCGACAUCUGGUCCCUUGGUAUCAUGGCCAUCGAAAUGAUCGAGAGUGAGCCUCCUUAUUUGAACGAGGAGCCUUUGAAGGCCCUCUAUUUGAUCGCGACCAACGGAACCCCACGACUCAAGAAGCCCGAGAAGCUCUCCAAGGAACUCAAGGCGUUCUUGUCCGUCUGUCUGUGUGUCGACGUCAAGUCCCGCGCUACCGCCGAAGAGCUGGGACGUCACGAGUUCCUGCAACACGGAUGCUCGUUGGCCAGCUUGAGUGAGCUGCUUCGGUUCCGUAAGGCGGGACACUAG